GGCCCCCGGGAAGAUGCUGUUUUCCCUGCGUGAGCUGGUGCAAUGGCUGGGCUUUGCCACCUUCGAGAUCUUCCUGCACCUCCUGGCUCUCCUGGUCUUCUCCGUGCUUCUCGUCCUGAAGGUGGACAGCGAAGGCUCGAUGCUCUCCUGGUGGACUGUGUUCAUCCCCUUCUUCGCCGCCGACGGCCUCAGCACUUACUUCACCACCAUUGUCUCCGUGCGGCUCUUCCAGGACGGAGAGAAGCGCCUGGCCGUGCUGCGCCUCUUCUGGAUCCUCACCAUCCUGAGCCUGAAGUUUGUUUUUGAGAUGCUCCUGUGUCAGAAGCUGGUGGAGCACACCCGGGAGCUCUGGUAUGGGCUCAUCAUGUCACCCGUCUUCAUCCUCCUCCAGCUGCUCAUGAUCCGAGCCUGCCGGGUGAACUGAUACCGAGGGAAAGGCUCCCAAAUGACUGCCUCUUACCCUGGAUAGAGCUUUGCCUGAGCCACCAGGGAGCCCUGAGCUCCAAGUUUGCUAAGUUGGGCUUUUGCCCUUUUUUUGUUUUUGUACAGAGUGAUAUUGGUUGUUAGGUUAUGCAGGUCUGGUGUUAUGAGAAGAGAGUUUGUAAUCAACCAGAUUACGUUAUUAUGUUGUAUAGCUCAGCAUUUCUUCAAAAGAUCUUUUUUAUACAGCGCCAUUGAUUUCAGGUUCACUCAGCUCUUGAUGUUAAUGUUAAUAUAUCCUGAUAUGCAAGCACUGUUUGAUAUGCCAGUUAAUUUAAAAUAAAAAUGUACAGAUAGUGUA